CAUCUGGCAUCUGUGGAGGAGAGGAAGAUCAAAGGACUGGUAGCCCUGCUGGUGGAGACACAGAUGAAGAAGCUGGAGAUAAAACUGAGACACUUUGAAGAGCUGGAAGCAAUCAUGGAUAAGGAAAGGGAAUCAAUAGAGUACCAGCGGCAGCAGUUGCUACAGGAAAGACAGCAGUUCCACAUGGAGCAGAUCCGUGCUGCAGAAUACAGAGCCCGACAGUUUGCUAGCCAACAGCUAGCAGAAAACAAGACAGUGUCAUCUCAGCACAAUGAAGGUGGACCUCAGGUAUCAACGUCAGCAAGUGGCUCAGCUACUGCUCAGAAUCCAUCCCUUGCAGCGGCAGUACAGAGUACAAACUAUGCCAUGCAUGGCUCUCCCUUACCACCUCAGGGACCGCAGGUUCAAGUGACACAAGGUUCCCCAACCCACACAGCACCAUCCUCCACAUCUGUUACACAUCAGCCAGCACCGUCCUCAGCUGUGCCAACGUUACCACCAGCUGCAUCAUUGCCACCAUCCACUGCAGCAUCAUCAUUGUCAUCUGUUGCAUCUUCAGCAGCUCCUGCACCCAGCACAUCACCUGCACUGCCUGCCCCAAACACAGCACUGACCCAGGCCCUUCAGUCAUCCUCUCCACUCUCUCAAACUCCCCCACCCACACUGACCCCAAGCGGGACCCCCACGCCACAGCAACAGCAGCAGCAGCUGAUGCCUUCUGCAACUCAGCAACAGCAUAUGCUACACCCUCUUCAGCAACAGCAGCAGGCAUCUCUUGGCCAGGGUUACCCUGUUAAUAACCAGUACCCAAGUCAGCAGCAAGGACCCACCCCGCCACCCCAAGAAGCGCUUUACCACAAUUCUCAGAUUCCUCAAGGCGGACCCCAGUACCCACCAUUUGCCCCCCAAACAUACCACCAUCCAUUGGGCAUAAAUCAGGGAGUCCCACCCAUGCAGCAGCCAUACCCUCAGCAACAGACCGGCCACUACCAAGGCUAUAUGAGCCAGCCAAAUCAGUAUCCUACUCAUCCGGGAUCUCACCAGGGUCAGUUUGGGCCUCCUCCACACAUGGGCAUGGCCCAGCAGGGCUACUCGCCCUAUCCUGGACCCCCAGCACCCCACUACUCUAGCCAGCCAAUGCAGCAGUAUCCAGGGGCUUAUCCGCAAGGGGCUGUCCAGCCCCCACAAGGUACCCCACUGCCAGCAGUCCAGAGGCCCCCCAUGUCAGUAGGAACUCCAGCAAACACACACCCAGAAUCACAAGAACAGAUGAUGAUGUCCCCUUCAUCGACCGGCUCCAACAAAUAG